CAGCGCUCGGCGGCUGUAUCAUGGCGGCGCAGGUUGAUUGCGAAUUUCUGGUGAAGAAAGCUCGAGAUUUAGUGGCGGACGAUCCGUGGGCCGCCAAAGCGUGGCUGAUUACCGCCAGGACUUUGUACCCUACAGAUUUCGGGAUUCAGUAUGAAAUGUACAUGAUUGAACGAAAUGCUGAGAGAACGGCUUCAGCUGGAAGACUUCUUUAUGACAUGUUUGUAAAUUUCCCUGAUCAACCAAUGGUAUGGAGAGAAAUAAAUGUUAUUACAGCAGCGCUGCGUAAUGAUGCCCAGGACAAGCAAACACAGUUUUUACGAGGUUUGUUUGAGACCCUUCCAGGUCGAAUACAAUGUGAAAUGCUUCUUAAAGCCACAGAGCAAUGCUUCAACACGCUGGAGAGAGCAGAAAUGUUGUUGCUACUCUUGAGACGAUUCCCAGAAUCUGUGGUGCAGCAUGGAGUCAGCCUUGGUGAAACACUAUUAGAAGCAGAAAACCUUGAUGAUCAAGACUCUCCAGUCAACUGUUUUAGGAAGUUAUUUGUAUGUGAUGUCCUUCCUCUAAUUAUUAAUAACCCUGAUGUGAGAUUACCUGCAAAUCUGUUAUAUCAGUAUCUCCACAAGGCAGCAGAGUUUUAUAUUGGUUACAUCACUAGAUCUCCUUCAUUGGAAGGCCAGCAUCAAGGUUCCCAAGACACAGCUGAUAUAAAAUCACCGACCAAACGAAGUACUCAGAAAUAUAUCAUAGAAGGUCUGACUGAGAAAUCAUCAUUGAUAAUGGAACCAUGGGACAGAUUGUUUGAAAUUAUGUCAGUUGUGGCAAUGAGGUGUGAGUGGCAGAUGGACAAAGCAAACAGGAACUGUGGUGAAAUUCUGCAUAGGAUGAAAGAUUUAUGCAGAUAUAUAAAUAACUUUGAUGAUGAAGGUCACAGGAAGUAUAAGCAUCAAGUUGUUUAUUCUACACUGCUGAUUUUCUUCAAGAAUGCAUUCCAAUACGUCAGCAGUAUCCAGCCAUCUCUAUUUCAAGCAUCCAGCCCUUCUAGCAACCAAAUUCCCCUUAUUUUGUUGGAUGAUUUGUCAAAUAUCUAUGGUGAUGUGGAUAUCGAUAGAAGUAAACACAUUCAUAAAAGGCGGAAACUUGGAGAAGGGAGGGAGAAAACACUGAGUUCAGAUGAUGAAGAAUGUUCUGGAAAAGGACGUAGCCGUCAUAUACUUGUCAAUAAGGUUGAGCUGCCAAACUCCAUCGAUGUACUUGAAAACUUUAAGCUUGCAAGAGAAAGUUGGGAGUUGCUUCAUUCUCAAGAGGCUUUGGAAAAAGAAUUUACACGAAUCUGCAUGUCUUGGAAGACUGAAACCUGGUUGUGGUUGAGGAUAUUCAUAACAGAUAUGAUUGUGUACCAGGGUCAAUACAGGAAAGCAAUAAACAGUCUUCAUCAGUUAGGUGCUCUUCAAGGAGCCCAGCAGCAUGUCAUAAGUCAGGGCACACUUGAGCAACAGAGAGCGCUAAUCCAAAUGGCUGCCUGUCACUUUGCUUUGGGAGAAUACAGAAUGACAUGUGAUAAGGUGUUGGACGUUAUGUGCAGUGUUAUUCCAUGUGCACAAGAAGUGGUUAGAGUACAGGAGGAAAUUCCAAAAGUAAAACCUAGAUUUAAGAAAGCUUCAGACCUCAAACUGUUGCCUUGUACAAGUAAAGCUAUGAUGCCAUAUUGCCUUCAGUUAAUGUUGGCCUGCUUUAAGUUGAGAGCCUUUACAGAUAUACGAGAUGAUCUGGCUUUAGGUCAUGUGAUUGUACUACUUCAAUUGGACUGGCCUCGUGGAGAAAACCUAUUUCUCAAAGCAGUUGACAAAAUUUGUCAACAAGGAUCAUUUCAGUAUGAAAACUUCUUCAACUAUGUCACAAAUAUUGACAUGUUGGAAGAAUUUGCUUAUCUCCGAACUGCAGAAGGUGGUAAAAUUCAUCUAGAGCUGUUGCCAAAUCAAGGUCUUCUGAUAAAGAAUUCUAGCCCUCCACUGGGGGUUCUUCCGCAGGAGUUCAAACUGCAGCCCAGCAGUCAGACAGCUGACAGACAUCACACUGUAACCCGAGGAAUUACAAAGGGUGUGAAAGAAGAUUUCCGAUUAGCUAUGGAGCGGCAGGUUUCUCGCUGUGGGGAAAAUCUCAUGGUUGUACUACAUAGAUUUUGCAUCAAUGAGAAGAUCAUAUUGCUUCAGACUUUAAUGUGACACACAUAUCCAAGUCUUUUCCUUUUAGAAUAUAUGGAUGUUUUUGCUGAUACGCUGAACUACACUGCACCUGUCUUAUGAAUUGUAAAGAUUGUUAUUGGAUUGUAUUCAAAAGUGAGUGUCUCAGAAUGGAACUUGAGACAGAGACUUCAAAGGAUAGGUGCUAAUUCCACAGAAAAAUCGCUAAUGUAUUGAAUCCUUAAGUAAUCCAUUUUGAUGAAUGUUUGUAUUCAUUAAGAACAGAGAUUGCAGUGCUAAAGGAUUAAAAUGUUUUGUUCCAUUUUUGGCCUUGAAUGUGUCAGCUUCAAACAUGCUGAGCAGAUACUGAGGGGCUAUAUACAGCUGUAUAGAGAAAAAAAUCUUGGCCCAGCACUAUACUUUGCAUCUAGCCUUCAGUCUCAAAAAAAAUCUCCUGCACCAUUCUGCAAUUCCUCAUUGCUACGCCAAGUUCUUGUGGGAUUCUGAGACUGCCAGAAUUUUACAUUGUUUGAGGAUCUUGCAUCGAUCAGAAACUGAACUGAUAUUUGCUGAAGUAAUUUGAUUUGGUCUUUUGCAACCUCCAAAAAGGAAGACUUUCAUCCUGUUUAUGAUUAAAGGUUCCAAAUAAAAAGACAAUGCUUUAACUUCCUGUCCUCUCAACCAUGUAAUAAUGGCAUAUUGUGAGCAAGAAAUAAGCUUAAUCAAUUUUAAUUUCAACCUUUCACACAAAAAUAAAAUUUAGCACCUCUUGAAUUGAACAGGCCCAUAAUUUAUGGUGCAUCAGUUACACUUCCGGAAUUGUAUCCUUUCCAGACUCUAGUAUCUGCUGACAAUUGUGUUCAACCAGUAGUCAGCGUGUUCCAGGCAGAAUACCUCAUCUGAAAUGAUUUCUGUCCAGUGGAGAUCAAUGUAUUUUCUUAAAGUUAGUAUCUAAGAUAAAUUACCUUUUCAAAAUAAAAACUAAAUGCUAGAAAAAUUCAGAAAAUCUAGCAGCAACUAUGGAGAGAGAAACAGAGUUAAAAUUUUAACUCCAAUGGCUCUUUGAAACAUUGGACUAGAAACGUUAAUUCUGUUUCUGUCUUAACAGCUGCUGCCCGACAUGCUGAGUUUCUCUAGCACUGUUGUUUUUAUUCAGAUUUCCAGCAUCCACAGCUUUUUAAAAAAUUCACUAAUGGGAUGAGGAUGUCGCUGGCUAGGCAGCAUUUAUUGUCCAUCCCUAAUUCCCUAGAGAGUCAAUUGCUAUAGGCCAGACCAUUUAAGGAUGGCAGUUUCCUUCCCUAAAGGGCACGAGUGAACCAGACGGGUUUUUCCUGACAGUUGACAAUGGAUUCAUGGUCAUUGUUAGAUUCUUAAUUCCAGAUAUUUUUUAUUGAAUUCAAAUUCCACCGUCUGUCAUGGUGGGAUUUGAACCCGGAUCCCCAGAAUGUUAUCUGGGUCUCUGGAUUAACAGUCCAGUGAUAAUACCACUAGGCUAUUGCUGCCCUGGCUUUGAACCCUUAUUAAAGCCUUUAUUUUUAAUACUUUUUUCCAAACAUUUGUAUUAAGCAAUUAAUGCAACAUCAUUUCCAGUUGUAGAACAGCCACUACUGGAAUAAUUCACCUACCAUGACUUGGAACCUGGAGGAAAUAAACUUUUCAGGAACAAAUACUUGAAAAGAAUCCAUCUGUGAUCUUAAAUAUUCUGUAGGCUGGCAAGAACCUUUUUGAUUUUCUUAUGCAGUUUAACACAGCAACGUAUAUGAGAUUAUGUGCAUUAAACAUCUGAUUUGUGGCUAACACUGAGAUUGAUGAUUUCAAUAUAUACAUUUACGCAUUUAUUUGAACUGAUUUUUUUUCCCCCAAAGUAAUCAUUUUGUUAAAUUUUAGAAUGAAUGUUUUUUCUUUCCAAUUUUAAUUUUAAACUAGGUUAUAUAGUGAACAAUGUGCAAGUUAAUGCACUUUGCUAGCAAAAUAUUGUGAUUUGCAUAAACCACAUGCUCCAUCAGAUAAAUACUAAUAUUUCAACCACAAGCCUUUAAGCUGUCCAAUCAGUUUAACAACAGAGAAUUUUCAGCAGGAUUGCCUAAUCUUCCAUCAUAACUUUGAUGUGAAUUAUUCUUCAGCAUUGUUUAUGGCAGUAGAUUGUGAGAAUCCCCACAAAAAUCCCAGAACCUUACUGAGAAGGCAACUCGCCACCACCUUCUCAAGGGCAACUAGAGAUGGGCAUUAGAUGCUGACUCAGUCACUGAUACCUCGGUCCCACAAGUGAACGAAAAGCAACUUCUCCAGCCAUAUUCACAAAAUUGAAACAGAGACUAAUUUCAAUGAACCAACCUUGCACACAGUACUUUUGAGAGGGAAAGAUCACUUGACCUGAAGAUGAUCUUCAAAAAAGACUUUUCUCUGGAUUGUCAUAAUGGGCCCACGUGAAACAUGAAUUUCAGUGUUCACCUGUGGUCUAAUUAUCUGACAUUACUAUUGUUCCCAGAUACAUGUCCAAUUUAUUUGACAGCAUAGUACAUUCUGUUCAAUGGCCUUAAAUGUCAAAUCAGGCUGUCAUUGUCUUGGCAAAACAAUAGUUCAUCGUGAAAUGCAAUGAAGAUGUAUUUAGGAAGUCAUAAACAAAGUAUCUGGAACGGAUCUAUGUAAUACCACAUCAAGUGGAAAGUACUGCAGCUCUUCUAACUUGAAUAAAA